GCUUUUGAUACUCGUGGGGCGCAACAGAUCAGCGAGCUCAGCGUCGCUAGCCAUGGCCCCCAACGCAUUGCGCUGUUUGGCCUCAGCCUCACUCGUGGGGGUACAACGGUGGCUCGACAUGGACAAAGCCAAUUUCCAACUGAACAAUGUUAACAAGCGACGGGGAGUUUAUAUGGGACUGACCACAACAUGUGCCCGUUUAUAAACCCGAACGACGACGUCAUUUCCGGAACGGAUUGCUAGCAUGGGGGACUCGGUGUUCAACCUAGAGAAUCUGCAGUCCGAGCUCAAUGUGGGGCCGUCAGCGUACUUCCCCCCGUCAUUUACACGUGGCAGCUCGGCCAAGCACCACACAGACACGGCAGCGCGUUCGUUUCAGCGACGAGACGCGAUCACGAGCAUUGCCGAACACGAAGAAUGGAAUUUAUGUGCUGAUGAUGUCCAAACCGACCUCGAUCAUACGUUGCAGACCAUCCGGUCCCUGAAAGCCACUUCCAUGGGCAACAUCCUCCAGAGUUUGCAGCGGACACAAGAAGUUCACCUUGCCUUUGUGAUGGACACGACGGGGAGCAUGGAUGAACAUUUGGACGCCGUGAAGAAUCAGGUGUCGGUGAUCGCUGCGUCAUUUCAAAGCCUCGGCUUGGUGCUGCAUGUAGGGUUUUUGGGGUAUAAAGACCACGGGGACGACAACUCGAUUCAAGCGUUUCCGUUCACGGAUGACGUGGCAGCCUUCCAACGCUUCGUGCAAAGCAUUUCAGCGGGCGGGGGCGACGAUGCUCCCGAAGAUGUGCUGGGGGGGCUCUGGGCGGCGUCGACACAGCUCCCGUGGCAACCGGAUUGUACGAAUGUGCUGUUUCACAUCGGCGACGCCCCGCCCCAUGGGACGACGUACUGGGGUGGCUACGAUCUCUUUCCCUAUGGUCACCCCCGUGACCAAUCGCCAGCGACAAUCUUCGGUCGAUUGGAGUGGCUCAACGUGCGGUAUUACUUUGGCAAGUUGACGACUUGGACCGACAUGAUGGUUUCAAAGUUUCAAACGUACACGGAUGUGACGGUUUUCAACGUCGCCGACCCCAUUAACGUGUGCAGCAGCGUGGUCACGGCCACGCAGCAAUCCGUCGUGUGCAACCGAACCCGAGCGCUCGUUCGAGGCAGAGCUACGGAGUUCGCCUACAAGUUUGAUACCCGACUUCCCCAAUGGCCGACUCUGAAGACUCGGCAAGUCACGGCGGCGCGAUAUGAGUGCGACCCUGCGAGCUUGUCAGCUGAGGAUCUGUCUGCGCCAAUGUCCAUGUUCGUGAGCCAACGCAACAUCCGUAUUGCCCCACACCCCUUCGCACGAGGCUGCGAGCGAGCAGCGUUCUACUCCCAAGCGUUGGCUUCCGAAUCAUUGGUCCACACCAAAACUGGUGCGACGGACCCAUCGAUGUGGGGGAGAAUGGUUGCCAAACGGUUCCUUUGGGGGGUGACAUCACCCCAGGCGAAUGAAGGACGGUAUAUGAAGGCAAUGGAAGUCCAAGCGAUGGCGGCGGCGUUGGCGCGAGGGUUCAACGACCUUAUGAACAAAACCCACUCGACGUUCAUCUCGCUGACGUUUCUCGAGGCAAGUGUGGCCAAGCUCGACGACCCCGUCGAGUAUGUCGCGAUCGAGCGCUUUUUGCCAAACUACGAUCGGUUUACAAAUAACGUGACGUGGCAAUCCCCCCUCGUGGCAACGGAUCCGUGUGUGCAGUACGCGGUUGCGUUUUCGCAUUGGACGUGGGCAGCCACCAACGGGUAUUUGAUGGUGGUGGACUUACAGGGCCAGCGAGUGGACGAGCACACGCUUGUGCUCACCGACCCAGCCAUCCACUGCAUCGACGGAGUGCGCUUCGCUGGCGGCACAAACAUGGGGCAGCGUGGCAUGGAGAAGUUCUUCACAACGCACGUUUGCAACGAGUACUGUGCAAAGUUCAAAUUGACGUUGGAGCCAUGA